CAAACACGUUGGAAACUUCAGGGGAGCGGGCCGCGUCCGCUUGCGCCCUGACACCCCAUCGGGGCCCCCGCCCAUUUCAGCACCCUCGCAGGCUGCCGGGGUGCGCUCUGGAAGGAAGAUCUGAGAAGAAUGUCUGCUAUUUUGAUGGUAUCACAUGGAAUCUGUGAAUUACUUUCAGUAUGAUGAACAUUUUGAUGAUAUUGAUUCUUCCAAUCCAUGAACAUAUAUUUCAUGAUGUUGAGACAGACAGAGUUAUUAUUGAUUUUCUCAACUGUCCAAUUGUAUAUGAUGAUGUGAAAGUGAGAUUUCUCUCUCAGCAUAGAUAUGUAGGCUACUUUGAAAAGGUGAAGCGUCUCCACCACUGGACUCUCCCACCAAGAAAGAUCCUCUGGCCAAAAGAAAUUAUCAUUCAUUCAAUUCAUAGUGUUGGGAAAGGCGAUGGAAGUGACAUAAAAAUUCAAAUCGCUACAAAGCAACAGACAGUCUUUUCAUGUUCAUCUUCUAAAAACUGCAAGAGCAACUGAGAGUGAGUGAGUAUGCAAAAGAAAAAAGGAGAGAGAGCAUAUCUUCCAUCCACUGGUUCACUGCUCAAAUGGCCACAGGACCAAGGCCAGGAGCCCAGUACUCCUUCCAGAUCUCCUACAUGGAUGGCAGGGGUCCAGGCACUUCAGCCAUCUUCAUUCCCUUCUCAGGCACAUUAAGAGGAAGGUGGAUCAGAAGCGGAGCAGCUGGGACUUAAUCUGCACUCCAACAGGGGACACCAGUUACAAGCAAUGGCUUCACCGGCCUCACCACAAUGCUGACUAUUUCUUUCCUUUUUAAGUAAUAUACUUCAUGAGAAGUUUCCACCUUAUGAUGAGAUAAAUGUUGGACAGAGGGCAAAGGAACAUUAGGUUAUAAUUCUGGAUAACUUUGAGAUACCAAAUUCUUAUAUCAAAUGAUUGAUUUUAUUGUCUCAUCAAUAUGUAUUUACUUACAUGUUUUUGGGAAAGUAUUUAACACUGCUUUGUUUCACAUUUGUAACUUCAGAUUUUCAAAAAGCUAAUUUCUAUUUUCUUCCUCUACUUGAUCUGCAAACUCUCUGUUACCAAACAUCAGCUCAGCAGCAAAGACUAAAAUUUAAACCCAGGGGAGAGAAAUGUUUCACACACCAGUCCCCAGCACUGACACACUGUUCUCCUGUUCCAAGCACUGCACAGGUAGCUUAUGUGACAAACUUCAGUUACACACACACACACACACACACACACACACACACAGCAGGAGAGUAAUAGAAUCUUGGUAAACACAGAGAAUAAAGAAUUAUCAGUAACUUCUUUUUGCACACAAAAGACAAAAGAAAUACUGAAUAAUCGGAAUUGUUUUAAAAUCCAUCAGCCCUGCGCAGACCAGCUUCAUCCAUGCCUGGGGAACUCCAUAAAGAAGACAGCCCUGUGGCCACAGGGAAUCACAUUUUCUUCACUGCUGUUACUUAAAGUACUUUUAUUAAAAUUCAUUUUUAUUAAAAGUUUUUGAGAUGACAUUUUAAAUUUAUAUUACAAAGGUUUAAUGUUCUACUGAAUAAAAAGUUCAAAAAAUAAAAAAAUAGACAGACCAUAGUCCAGCAGAAAAAUAGGCGAGAUCUAUAAUCAAUAACCAAGUGAAAAGAUGUCCAACUUCACUCAUAUAAAGCAAAUUUUAAAAGUCACAGAAGCAUUCAUACUAUCGGAGCAUUUAAUUCUUAUCGAUCUGUUUAAUACAAACUUUGACAAAACACUGUAUUUGCAACUGGACUAAUACACACAGGUAUAUUUUUCUUUUAAUCCUUUCCAUUUCCCUUUACUUUCCUUCCUCCUCCAUCCUUUUUUUUUUUUUUUUUUUAACUUUAGCUCCCACGUAUAAGGGCAAACAUGUGGUAUUUAUCUUUCUAUGUCCAGCUGAUUUUGAUCAACAUGUCUUUCAGUUCAAACCAUUUUGCUGCAAAUGAUAGAAUUUCAUUCUUUUUUUAAUAGGGGAAUAGUAUUCCAUUGUGGGUAUAUGCAUGUGUGUUUAUCACAUUUUCUAUAUCCAGUCACCUAAUAAUGGACACCCUGGUUGACUGCAUAUUUUGGCUACUGUGAACAGGGCUGCCAUAAAUAUGGUGGAACAUGUAUCUCUGAUAAAAUGAUUUAAUGUUUUUGAGGUAUAUAUCCAGGAGUUGGGAUUGCUGGUUCCUACGGCAAGUCUAUUUCUAGUUUCUAUGGAAAUUUCCAUACAUUUUUCACGGUGGCUGCACUAAUCACAUUCUCACCAACAGCAUAAAAUAGUUCCCUUCUGUCAACAUCACCAACAUUGUUGUUUUCUUUCUUUUGGAUAACAGCCAUUAUGAAAGAGGUGAGGUGAUGUCUCAUUGUGGUGCUGAUUUGCAUUUCCCUAAUGGCUAGUAAUGUUGAGCAUUUUUUCACUUAUUUGUUGGCCAUUUGUACUUUUUUGAAAACUGUUUAUUCAAAUCCUCUGCCCAUUUCUUCAAUGAAUUGGUUGUUUUCUUAUUGUUGAGUUUUUAGAGUUGCUGGUCUAUUUUAGAUACUAGCCCUUGCUGGAUAAGUAGCUUAGAAAUAUUUUCUCCCAGUCUUUUGGAUGUCUCUUCACUCUGUUGUUUCCUUUGAGGACAGAAGCUUCUGAGUUUGAUACAAGCCCAUUUUGUUUACUUUUGCUUUUGUUGCCUGCAUUUUAGGUCUUACUCAAGGAGUUGUCACCUACUCCAUUGCCUCAAAGUGUUUUCCUUGUUUUCUUGUAACAAUUUCAUAGUCUUAGGUCUUAAAUUUAGCUUUUCAAUCCAAUUGAGUUUUGUAUCUGGCAACAGACAGGAACCUAACUUCAUUCUAUAUCCAAUUUUGCCAUUGCCAUUUAUUGAAAAGACUAUCCUUUCUCUAAUGUUAUUUUCUGGUCUGGGCACUUUUGUCAAAAAUCAGCUGACUGUAUUCAUGGGGAUUAAAUUCUGGUCUCUCUAUUAUGUUUCAGUGAUCUAUGUGCCUGUUUUUAUGCCAGUAGCAUGCUGCUUUUAUUACUAUAGCUUUGUAGUAUGCUUUGAAGUCAGACACUGUGAUGUCUGCAACUUAAUUUUUUCCCCACAAUUUCUUUGUCUAUUUUGGGACUUUUGUAAAAUUCCAAGUGAAUUUUUAAGAUUUUUUCUUUAAAGAAUGUCAUUGGUAUUUUGAUAGGAAUUGUGUUCAAUCUGUAGAUUGCUUUGAGUAGUAAAGAUACCUUAAUAAUAUUCUUUCUAUCCAUGAGCAAGGAACUUGUGUGUCUGUGUAUGUGUAUUUGUCUGUGUGUGUGUGUAUUCAUGAUUUCUUUUAUUUUAUAAUGUUCAUGGUAGAGAUUUUUCACUUAAUUGUAAAAUUAUACCUAAAUAUUUGAUUUUUUGAUGGCUAUUGUGAAUGGGACCUUUUUCUUGAUUCCUCUUGCCCAGUUCAUUACUGAUGUGCAAAAAUUUACUUUUUUGUGUAUUGGCUUUCUAACCUUAGACUGUAUUCAUUUAUCAGGUCAAAUGCUUUUUGCUAGAGUGUUUAAGCUUUUCCAUGUACAACAACAUGUCAUCCACGUCAACAGGGAUGUUUUGACUUCCUCCUUUGCAAUUUCAAAGUUCAAUUUCUCUUCCCAAAUUGUGUCUCAAACUUCCAUUAACAAUAAAUAAGAGUGAUGAAAGUGG